AUGUCCCCCUGGUGCGUUAAAAAGGCCAAGUUUGACGGGCCCCAAGAGAAGUUCAACACCUACGUGACGCUCAAGGUGCAGAAUGUCAAGAGCACGACCAUCGCCGUGCGGGGCAACCUGCCCUCCUGGGAGCAGGACUUCAUGUUUGAGAUCAACCGGCUGGACCUGGGGCUGACGGUGGAGGUUUGGAACAAGGGGCUCAUCUGGGACACMAUGGUGGGCACCGUGUGGAUCCCCCUCCGGACCAUCCGGCAGUCCAACGAGGAGGGUCCCGGGGAAUGGCUCACGCUCGACUCCCAAGUCAUCAUGACAGACAACGAGAUUUCGGGCACCAAGGACCCCACCUUCCACCGCAUCCUCCUGGACACCCGCUUCGAGCUCCCGCUGGAUAUCCCCGAGGAAGAGGCCCGGUACUGGGCCAAGAAGCUGGAGCAGCUCAACGCCAUGCGGGACCAGGACGAUUAUGCGUUCCAGGAGGAGCAGGAGAAGCCUCUGCCCGUCCACGGCUCCCAGUGCUGCAACUGGAAUUAUUUUGGCUGGGGAGAACAGCAGAAUGAUGACCCCGACAGCACCGUGGACGACCGGGACAGCGAUUAUCGCAGCGAGACCAGCAACAGCAUCCCGCCGCCCUACUACACCACGUCGCAGCCCAACGCCUCCGUGCACCAGUACCCCGUGCGGCCGCAGCAGCAGAGCUCCCGCGACUCCUACACCGACUCCAUGCAGAGCUACGAGAUGGACUAUUCGGACCAGCGCCCCAUGAGCCCCACGGGCAGCAGCCGCUACGCCUCGUCGGCCGAGCUCAGCCAGGGCAGCUCGCAGCUCAGCGAGGACUUCGAGAACGAGAGCCUGCGGGACUCGGAGCUCGACGAGCGCGACGGCGACUCCUACCACUCGUGCCACAGCUCCGUCAGCUACCGCAAGGACUCGCCGCGCUGGGACGAGGAGGAGGAGGAGGAGGAGGAGGAGGAGGAAGAGGAGGACGACCUCUACCUGGAGGAGGAGGAAGAGUUCAACGAGGACUAUAGUGAGAAUGAGGAAGGCUACGCUAAGGAGGAAGAGGAGGAGGAGCUGCGGGAGCAGGAGGUUUAUGAGUCCCAAGCCUUGGAGCACGACACGUACCCGGCGGCAGCGCCGAAAGCGCCCGGGCAGCAGCAGCCCGUCCCGCAACAGCCGCAGCCACCGCAGGAGAGGAAGGAGGAGAGGAAGGAGGAGAGGAAGGAGGACAAGGACACGGCCGCCCCCCAGGAGAGCCCCGAGUCCCUCCUAGCCCAGCGGGCAGAGGAUGAAGCCCCCGCACCCGAGGCGGCGCAGGAGCCCGAGCCCCCGGCAGCCGCCGAGAGGGAGGCGCCGGCGGAGGUGCAGGACCCCAAGGCGCGCGCCAAGGCCAACUGGCUGCGAGCCUUCAACAAGGUUUGCAUGCAGCUGCAGGAGGCCCGCGGAGAYGGCGACGGAGAAGCCAAAUCCCUCUGGUUCAAAGGCGGGCCGGGCGGCGGGCUGAUCAUUAUAGACAGCAUGCCGGACAUACGCAAGAGAAAACCCAUCCCCCUAGUUAGCGAUUUGGCCAUGUCGCUGGUGCAGUCCAGGAAAGCGGGAAUCACGUCUGCGCUGGCCUCGAGCACCCUGAACAACGAGGAGCUGAAAAACCACGUUUACAAGAAGACCCUGCAAGCCUUAGUGUACCCCAUCUCGUGCACGACGCCGCACAACUUCGAGGUGUGGACGGCCACGACGCCCACCUACUGCUACGAGUGCGAGGGGCUGCUGUGGGGCAUCGCGCGGCAGGGCAUGCGCUGCGCCGAGUGCGGCGUCAAGUGCCACGAGAAGUGCCAGGACCUGCUCAACGCCGACUGCCUGCAGAGGGCAGCGGAGAAGAGCUCCAAGCACGGAGCRGAGGACCGGACCCAAAACAUCAUCAUGGUGCUCAAGGACCGCAUGAAGAUCCGGGAGCGCAACAAGCCUGAGAUCUUCGAGCUCAUCCAGGAGGUGUUCGGUGUCACCAAGACCACGCACACGCAGCAGAUGAAGGCCGUGAAGCAGAGCGUCCUGGACGGCACCUCCAAGUGGUCGGCCAAGAUCAGCAUCACGGUCGUUUGCGCCCAGGGUCUGCAAGCCAAGGAUAAGACGGGUUCCAGUGACCCRUAUGUUACUGUCCAGGUUGGAAAGACGAAAAAAAGGACUAAAACUAUCUACGGCAAUCUCAACCCRGUCUGGGAGGAGAAUUUCCAUUUCGAGUGCCACAACUCCUCCGACCGCAUCAAGGUGCGCGUGUGGGACGAGGACGAUGACAUCAAGUCCCGCGUCAAGCAGCGCUUCAAGCGCGAGUCCGACGACUUUUUGGGCCAGACCAUCAUCGAGGUGCGGACCCUGAGCGGCGAGAUGGACGUCUGGUACAACCUCGACAAGCGCACGGACAAGUCGGCCGUGUCGGGCGCCAUCCGGCUGCACAUCAGYGUGGAGAUCAAGGGCGAGGAGAAGGUGGCCCCGUACCACGUGCAGUACACGUGCCUGCACGAGAACCUUUUCCACUUCGUGACGGACCUGCAAAACAACGGGGUGGUGAAGAUCCCCGACGCCAAGGGCGACGACGCCUGGAAGGUGUAUUUCGACGAGACAGCGCAGGAGAUCGUGGAUGAGUUCGCCAUGCGCUACGGCGUCGAGUCCAUCUACCAGGCGAUGACGCAUUUCGCCUGUCUCUCCUCCAAGUACAUGUGCCCGGGGGUGCCGGCGGUGAUGAGCACCCUGCUCGCCAACAUCAACGCCUACUACGCCCACACCACCGCCUCCACCAACGUGUCCGCCUCCGACCGCUUCGCCGCCUCCAAUUUCGGGAAAGAACGGUUCGUGAAGCUCCUCGACCAGCUGCACAAUUCCCUGCGGAUCGACCUCUCCAUGUACCGGAACAACUUCCCUGCCAGCAGCCCUGAGCGGCUGCAGGACCUCAAAUCCACGGUGGAUUUGCUGACCAGCAUCACCUUCUUCCGCAUGAAGGUCCAGGAGCUGCAGAGCCCUCCGCGGGCCAGCCAGGUGGUGAAGGACUGCGUGAAGGCCUGCCUCAACUCCACCUACGAGUACAUCUUCAACAACUGCCAUGAGCUCUACAGUCGCGAGUACCAGACGGACCCGAGCAAGAAGGGAGAGGUGCCCCCUGAGGAGCAGGGCCCCAGCAUCAAGAACCUGGAUUUCUGGUCCAAACUCAUCACCCUGAUCGUUUCCAUCAUUGAGGAGGACAAGAACUCGUACACGCCCUGCCUGAACCAGUUCCCGCAGGAGCUCAAYGUGGGCAAGAUCAGCGCCGAGGUGAUGUGGAACCUCUUCGCCCAGGACAUGAAGUACGCCAUGGAGGAGCACGACAAGCACCGGCUGUGCAAGAGCGCMGACUACAUGAACCUGCACUUCAAGGUGAAGUGGCUCUACAACGAGUACGUCACCGAGCUGCCCUCCUUCAAGAGCCGCGUGCCCGAGUACCCUGCCUGGUUUGAGCCCUUCGUGAUCCAGUGGCUGGAUGAGAACGAGGAGGUGUCGCGGGAUUUCCUGCAYGGAGCGCUGGAGCGGGACAAGAAGGACGGGUUCCAGCAGACGUCGGAGCACGCGCUCUUCUCCUGCUCCGUCGUGGACGUCUUCUCCCAGCUCAACCAGAGCUUCGAGAUCAUCAAGAAGCUCGAGUGCCCCGACCCGCAGAUCGUGGGGCACUACAUGCGGCGCUUUGCCAAGACCAUCAGCAACGUGCUGCUCCAGUAUGCCGAGAUCAUCUCCAAGGAUUUUGCCUCCUACUGCUCCAAGGAGAAGGAGAAAGUGCCCUGCAUCCUGAUGAACAACAUCCAGCAGCUCCGCGUGCAGCUGGAGAAGAUGUUUGAAGCCAUGGGGGGGAAGGAGCUGGACACAGAAGCCAGCGACAUCCUCAAGGAGCUGCAGGUGAAGCUCAACAACGUCCUGGACGAGCUGAGCCGGAUCUUCGCCACCAGCUUCCAGCCGCACAUCGAGGASUGCGUGAAGCAGAUGGGUGACAUCCUGGGCCAGGUGAAAGGUACUGGCAACGUCCCCGCCAGCACGUGCAGCAGCGUGGCCCAGGACGCCGACAACGUCCUGCAGCCCAUCAUGGACCUCCUGGACAGCAACCUGACACUCUUUGCCAAGAUCUGCGAGAAGACCGUGCUGAAACGGGUGCUGAAGGAGCUCUGGAAGCUGGUGAUGAACACCAUGGAGAAGACCAUCGUCCUGCCGCCRCUCACUGACCAGACGAUGAUUGGCACGCUCUUGAGAAAACAUGGCAAGGGGACAGAGAAGAGCAGGGUGAAGCUGCCCAGUCACACUGAAGGCACCCAGAUGAUCUUCAACGCGGCCAAGGAGCUGGGCCAGCUCUCCAAGCUGAAGGACCACAUGGUGCGGGAGGAAGCCAAGAGCCUGACGCCCAAGCAGUGCGCGGUGGUGGAGCUGGCGCUGGACACCAUCAAGCAAUACUUCCAUGCGGGCGGCGUGGGGCUCAAGAAGACCUUCCUGGAGAAGAGCCCCGACCUGCAGUCGCUGCGCUACGCGCUGUCCCUCUACACGCAGGCCACCGACCUCCUCAUCAAAACCUUCGUGCAGACCCAGGCCUCGCAGGUGCACGGUGGCAAAGGGGUUAGGUUUACCCUUAGUGAAGAAAUUUAUCCUGAGAAGGGCUCCGGUGUGGACGACCCCGUUGGCGAGGUCUCCAUCCACGUGGAGCUCCUCACCCACCCGGGUACCGGCGAGCACAAAGUCACCGUCAAAGUGGUGGCYGCCAAUGACCUCAAGUGGCAAACGUCGGGCAUCUUCCGGCCCUUCAUUGAGGUCAACAUCAUCGGGCCCCACCUGAGCGACAAGAAGAGGAAAUUCGCCACCAAGUCCAAGAACAACAGCUGGGCGCCCAAGUACAACGAGAGCUUCCAGUUCACGCUGGGCACGGAGACGGGCCCCGAGUGCUACGAGCUGCAGGUGUGCGUGAAGGACUACUGCUUCGCGCGCGAGGACCGCACGGUGGGCAUGGCCGUGCUGCAGCUGCGCGAGCUGCUCCAGCGGCCGGCCUGCGCCUGCUGGCUGCCCCUGGGCCGCCGCAUCCACAUGGACGACACGGGCCUCACGGUGCUGCGCAUCCUCUCGCAGCGCAGCAACGACGACGUGGCCAAGGAGUUCGUCAAGCUCAAGUCGGACACGCGCUCGGCCGAGGAGGGCAGUGGUUAAAGUGCCCCCCGUUCCCCGUCCCCCCCGCCAGGCCCCGUUUAUUCCCCUUCC